GUGGUGGGGCACGCACGUCCCCACGGCCCGAGUGCUUCGAGUGGUGUCAGUGACGCGCGUGUCAUUCAGUGACGUCUCGUGGUGAUUGAUUGUGUGAGCCGGGUCUGUGGUGUUGCCCGGCGUGUAGUGAGCUGUGAUUGACCUGUGAAUAGUUCCAGUUUAUUGUUCGUAACAAAUCGUGGGAGCUUUCCUUUGGUAUGCAACUGUAUGCUUUUGUAUAGCUAUAUGGAGAAAUUCCUCGGUUUUGUCUCAUACUGUACCUUUGCAGCAAUGGAAUGUAUCUUCUGCUAUAGCGACCACUGACUGUUUUUGAAAAAGCGGAGGAACUGAACUCGUUGGUGGGAGAUGCUUUCCGAAUGGCGUUCGCGUCGCAGCUGCAGCCCUCCGCGCCGCUCUGGAGUAAGGAGCUAAGCGGGAGCGACUGCGGCAUGGGAGUGCGCGCGCCAGACUCCCUGCCAGGUCUCACGCACCACUACUGUAGCGACAGGUCCCCAGCGAAAUGCAACAUAAUGGGAGUAUCAAAGCUAGUGAACGAGCCGAGCCCGAGCAGCUCGGAGGAGUCCAACUCCCCGACGGAACUGAACUGCUACCGGCGGCUGGGGGAGCGCCCGCCUCUCAUGAAGAGGCUGGCCAUGGGCCUCAGCGGGGCGCUGCUGCAGCCCUCCGACGAUGACUCCACGCCACUCGUCGCAGACACACCCACCACGCCCACCAAUAUUCCACUUUGCAUGAAUGGAGGUUACAUCAAUGAGGCAUCCGAGGCGGAGGCCCGCACGCGGGAGAGCAACCGCGAGCCCCCCGCGGUGCCGGCCGCCCCGCGCCGCACUGAGCUACUCACGCAUGAUCUCGAUGUCGACUUCAGGAGGUGCAACAAUAUCAAGAACAGUGAGUCGGCGGCGUGUAGUCGCACGACGUCGUCGUCGUCGGGCGCGUCGUCGUGCGGCGGUGCGCCCGCCAACAACAACGUGCCGCGCGCCGAGCCCGAGCUGCGCCAGGCGCCCUGGUUCCAGCACGGGAUACCACGAGAGAUAGCCCUGGAGGUGCUGAGCUCGCAGCCGGUGGGCGCGUUCCUAGUGCGCGGCAGCACGACGCAGGCCGGCUGCUUCGCGCUCUCCGUCCGCGUGCCGCGGGACUUCACGCCCGCCGGCAUCGCGCACUACCUCAUACUGCGCACGCCCAAAGGGUACAAGAUCAAGGAAUAUAGCACUUAUAGUAUUGAGAUUGACAACCCGUCAAUAUAA